GAGAGUGUGACGAAGAAGAUGUAGAAGAAAUGGUCAGCAAAAAAGAAAGUCCAGAAAUAAAACUGUCACAGAGGUGCAGUGAAAGAUGUUGAAGGCACUUUGGUGAUCGCAGUGCUUAGUCAGGGCCUGGAAAUGGAGAGUUUUGCACCUGAGAAUCACAAGCGCUUCAACUGGAAAGGGUGGAAAAAUUUACUGCUGCCGCAAUUGAACAGACGCUCGCUGUAUGUCUACGGCAGUGAGGUGGCUGUGGAGAAAGAGUGCAUUAGACAGAGAGAGGGAGGAAUUUUGGUCAUCCAUCCCUUCAGCUGUUUAAGGAGUUACUACAUCAUGUGUAUGGUGGCCAUAACUUUUCUGAAUCUCAUUGGAAUCCCAAUGGAAAUUGCCUUUCUAGACGGGCACAGUGGAGUAGGUUGGGAGGGUUUUAAUGUGUUCUCGGACACACUGUUCCUGAUUGACGUUGGGCUUAAUUUUCGCAUGGGUAUCAUUAACGAGGACAGUGAGGAAGCCAUUCUUGAUUUGAAAAGGAUUCGGCAACGUUACUUAAAGAGCUGGUUUGUACCUGAUAUGGUGGCAGCAUUCCCAGUUGGCUACAUACUACUUAUUGCGGACCUACAAUACCAUGACGACUCUCUUUCAUCAAAGGCAAGCAAAAUGAUGCGCAUUCUGAUGUUUGUGAGAAUCCUCAGCCUUGUCCGCCUACUGCGUGUGUCCCGGCUUGUAAGGUUUUUCAAUGAGGUGGAGAGGGUUUCCAAUGCUAACUUGGAAGUUGUGAGGGUAUUCCUAAGAAUCUUGUCUUUAUUUAUGAUGAUCUUCCUGCUGUGUCACUGGAAUGGCUGUAUUCAGUAUUUUGUACCUAUGCUUGAGGAGUUUCCUUCAGACUGCUGGGUUAGAAAAGAGAAUCUACUGAAUGCCACAGUGGGAGAGAAGUAUUCUUUUGGAGUCUUUCGGGCACUCUCUCAUAUGACUGCAAUAUCAUAUGGUUCCUCUGAAACACCAACAAAUGAGGUCGAGCUGUGGAUUGUCAUGACUAGCAUUGUGUCUGGAGCCAUCAUGUACACAGUUAUGGUUGCAAACACCGCUGCUAUGAUGACUGAUGUGGACACAACAGCAAGAACAUACAAGAGCAAGAUGAAUCAUCUGGAAGAUUACAUGACUUUUAUGAAGCUUCCCAAAGCCCUACGCAUGCGUAUCAAUGACUACUUUCAGGCUCGUUAUGCAGGAAAAUGGUAUGAUGAGAAGGACGUCCUAAAAUGGGUGUCCUCAUCUCUCAGAGAGGACAUUUUGAUGACCAUGUGCUCCGGUCAUGUGAGAAAAGUUCCCAUCUUCCGAAACCGUGAUGUAAAUUUCAUCAAUGCCAUUCUCCUGGAGCUGCAGUAUGAGGUCUUCCAGGAGGGUGACAUCAUCAUCUGUCACAAUGGUCCGGGUGACCGCAUGUUUUUAAUUGAACAUGGGCAAGUCCGUGUGGAGAAUGAGUUCUUCCAGAGGGAACUGUGUGAUGGAGAUUACUUUGGAGAGUCUUGUCUCCUAACAAGAGGAAGGCGUUUGGCCACAGUACAAGCUCUGACAAUCUGUCAGCUUUUUUCCUUGUCAGUGGACAGCUUUCAUUGUGUUCUGCAGGACUACCCUGACAUCAGGAGGGACCUGGAGAUAAUGCAAUCGGACAAAGACACUCUGUUAUGUUGACAAAGUAAUCAAUGACACACUUUUGGAUCUGUAGUACACAAUUCACUUUUAAACAUUUAACAAUUGGCAUACUGCAUAUUUAACAUGAACAGAACUAUGCUGUCAAGAUCUUUCAAUUUGGAUAACUGAUUUUUAACAUCUUAUUAACAAAAUAAUGCUGUAUAUUUUUUGAAAGCGUUAAUGUAACUUAAGGUAUAUUAUAUUACAGUCUUGAUAAUGUCAUGUUGCUUACAAUGUUGCUUAAUGUUAAAUACAUGUGAACAUAUAUCAGAAAUCUCAUCAGAUCACUUUCGCAAACACGCAUAUAGACCCAGAGGCUAACCUACAUUCAUAGUGUGACGCAGGAUACCCUCACCAAGCCCCUCCUCCAAAUUCUUUGGCUUGCAAUUGGGCAGAAAGAGCCAGGCUUUUCUUGGAUCAUUGUCUAUAGCAACACAGAUAUCAGGAGGCCUCAUCCAACUCUACUAUCAGUAGAAAGUAGCUGGUGGAUGCAAGAUUUUUCCAAAGAAGAAGGUGUGUCUUGGUUGCAAGUAACCACAUUGGAAGGUCCUCACCUCUCUCCUUGGCCUCUGCUGAUACUCCCCAUAUGUCCACAGGAGGAUAAAUCAGGAAGGCCCUGGAAUAUUGUCAGUCAUAAAUUUGCUCUUAUCUUUUUAGGAUCUAAACUAAGUCUAUAUUAGGAGUUAUUUACCUAUCACAGAGGUCUCUGUGAAAAGUAAAUGUUUUUUUUUUUUGUA